AUGUUGCCUUUCGAAGAGGAAGAUGUGGGCACAAAAAUACCCUUGAAACGACACUCCACAAUAAAUCCAUCUUCGAUACAACAAAACGGUCAUAAGAAGAAGAAAAUAAGGGCCUCCUUUCCAGUGAAAAAUCCUUCUUCUACUGGAUCCGAAAUGCAGAAACGAAAAUCCGAGCUUUCCAAAAUCCGUACCGGUUUGCCAGUCUAUCAAUUCAAGCGGAAAAUCAACCAAUCUCUGCAGGAUAAUGAUGUUCUUCUUGUCGUUGCGGAAACAGGCUCUGGAAAAUCGACACAGAUUCCAGCUUAUCUCGACGAAUCCAACCUAUUCUGCAGGAAUCAAGGAAAAUUUGCGAGAAGCAUUUGUGUGACACAACCCAGGCGUGUGGCUGCCAUUACCGUUGCCAAGCGCGUAGCAGAAGAACAAGGAUGUACCAUUGGGUCUGCUGUGGGAUACAAAGUGCGAUUUGAUGACUCGACCCAACCAACCACUAGAAUAAUAUACGCCACGGAUGGUAUGCUGCUGCGGGAGAGCAUGUCGGAUCCACUCCUGUCUCGGUAUAGCGUGGUGGUGCUGGAUGAAUCCCAUGAGCGAUCUCUCCAGACGGAUAUUCUAUUUGGUGUGGUGAGUCGUGCAAUGGUAGCUCGGGGUUACGAUUUGAAGGGAGCUGAUGAGGAAGACGAGGACGAUGGUAGUAUGGAUGCGCUGAUAAAACGACGUAUGAAGGAAAAGGCGCAGCAAUAUAGUCUCCCAAGGCUGAAAGUAGUUGUCAUGUCUGCAACCUUGGACACUGAAACCUUCAAGAAUUUCUUCAAAGGUGCUGCCACGAUACAAAUCCCAGGACGGGUCUUUCCUGUCCAAGUGGUGUACACGCAAGAACCUCAAGAGGAUUACAUAGAAUCUGCGUUGGUAACAGCCAUGCAAAUACACCAAGAGGCCGAUGAUGGGGAUGUACUUAUAUUUUUGCCGGGGCAGGAAGAAAUUGAGGAUUUGGCUUCGUUACUGCGGCGACAUUUGGAAGCUGAGAAAACCUUGGAGGAGGCGCUCACUUCCAGGGAUAUAGUGCAAAUGGUACAGGGAAUGGGGACGAAUCUAGAUGGAAAGGUGGCAUCCAUUGUUGAUGGAGUAAUGAUUUGCGUGCUCUAUGCCGCUCUGCCACCAGAAGCCCAAAUGUUGGCCUUUCAGCCCAAGCCAGCAGGAUGCGUCCGAAAGAUUAUUUUGGCAACGAACAUUGCGGAAACUUCAGUUACCUUGGAUGGAAUUCGUUACGUUGUGGAUUGUGGCAAGCACAAGACACGAGAUUACAAUGGAAAAACGGGAAUGGAAAGUUUAACGGUCAAGGAUAUCAGUAAGGCACAGGCAGCCCAACGAACUGGUCGUGCCGGUCGUUUGUCGUCAGGUGUUUGCUUUCGACUGUACACCGAGGAUGCCUACGAUGCUUUGGAAGAACUGUCCGUACCCGAGAUUUUGCGAGUGAACCUAGCCCAAGUCGUCUUGAUGCUCAAGGGAAUGGGAGUCCACAAUCCCAUCAAGUUUGACUAUUUGACGCCACCCAGUAUGGACAGUCUCAAAAAGGCCACUCAGUUAUUAUAUGCUCUGGGAGCCUUGGAAAAGUCCAUGGAACUGACGGCUCAUGGCAAGAAAAUGGCCAAACUUCCAGUGGAUCCUGUCUAUGCACACUUGCUACUCCAAAGCAGCAAGUAUGAAUGUACGGCUGAAAUGCUCACGGCAGUGGCCAUGCUGAGCGCGGAGAAUAUCAUGUAUCGACCAGGCAGUAACGGUGCUAUGGAAGGGGGACCGGAUAGCUUGUCAACCAAGGCAGCUUUGGCGCAUCGGCGAUUUGUCAGUUAUGAAGGCGACUUGCCCACCUUGCUCAACGUGUACAGGGCCUGGCAACGAGAAGCCAUUUACGUCCCCAAGCGUUAUUCGUCCAAGGCCCAAAAGAAGUUGCAACGAGACGCCCAAGCGGAUGGCCAACAAAAAUUGUUCCAUGGCGCCUGGUGUCAACACAAUUUCAUUAGUGCCCGAGCAUUGAUUCGAGCCCACGACGUCCGACACCAGCUCAGCGUCAUUUGUGGGAAUACCGUAGGUCAACGUGGUCUAGGCAUGAAUGUUCAUCAGUCUUGUGGAGAAAAGGAUAUGGAGCAAUUUUUGAAAUGCGUUUGCGCUGGCCUCUUUCUUCAGUCGGCCUCUCGGAUCAGCAAAUCCAAAGAAGUUCACAAGGGAUCCGGUAGUUUGGAAGGUUUUCAACGAGGCGGUAGAUUCAAAACCAAGGUGGGCAAUGCCGAAGUGAAUAUACAUCCCACUUCGACCUUGUUCAAUAGGAAUCCUGCCCCCAAGUGUGUUGUCUAUACCGAAUUGCUAGUCACCAAGAAGACCUACAUUCGGGGUGUGACCCAAGUCCGAGAAGAAUGGUUGGUAGAUGUGGCACCUCAAUUCUUUAGCAAGGUAUAA